GCCUCACCAGCAAACACCAACCGCUAGCUACUUUAGCAUCAGGAGGAGAAGCUAACCCACGGAAACACAGACGCAUCUGUUCACCCUCUUUUGCUUAUGUGUGUUCGUUUGAUUUUUACUGAAGUGACCAGUCGUCUGAGUGACUGAAUCGAAAGCCCGGUGUAAGAUGCAGUUCAUGCUGUUGUUCAGCCGGCAGGGAAAGCUGCGGUUACAGAAAUGGUAUGUGCCUCUGUCAGACAAGGAGAGGAAGAAGAUCUCCAGAGACCUGGUCCAGACCAUAUUGGCCAGGAAACCCAAGAUGUGCAGCUUCUUGGAGUGGAGGGACCUUAAGAUUGUGUACAAGAGAUAUGCAAGUCUGUAUUUCUGCUGUGCAGUAGAGGAUCAGGAUAAUGAGCUGAUCACUCUGGAGAUCAUCCAUAGAUAUGUGGAGCUACUGGACAAAUAUUUUGGCAGUGUGUGUGAGCUGGAUAUUAUCUUCAACUUUGAAAAGGCCUACUUUAUUCUGGAUGAGUUCCUGCUGGGCGGAGAGGCACAGGAGACGUCCAAGAAGAACGUGCUGAAGGCCAUCGAGCAGGCUGACCUGCUGCAGGAGGAGGCCGAGGCACCACGGAGCGUUUUAGAAGAAAUUGGGCUGACAUAAACCAUCACGCCGCUGCCUCGCAGUUCUUUCUUCCAGAUGUAGAUCUGGCAAUCUCCGUGUCUCUAUCCUGUCUUCUCCUGUUCACUGUGUCAGUGUUGUAUGUAUAUUAUCACCAUCUAUGUACUGUACUAUCCUGUAAUGUCUUUUCAGUGUGGUGCCAACUGUGGUUUUAAUGUGUCUCCUAAUGUACAAGCUCCCUCACUGUAUCCUGCAGCACUAUUAGCAUACUUCACUCCCCUAACUUCUUAAAAGAGAACAAACAGAACAAUGUAGCGACGACAUGAAAACUCCAGCAUCAUAUUAAGAUCAUCCAUCAUCACUGAAUGCAGAGUUGUAUGUGCUUGUUUGGCUUCAAGGACUUUUUAAGGUGCUGUUGCAGCUGCAGUUGGUGCUUCUCGUGUGUAAUCAUUCGAGUCACAGAGCUAAGCAUCUUCUUUCAUGAAAGAAUGAAUACUCGGCGCACUUUGAAAAACCCAGAAGGUCGUUUAGCAAAACCUACAGUUGCUCUGGUUUUUCCACUUCCAAUUCUCAAAAGACCAGGUGGAGAAGAUAUAUAUCCUUUUUGCUCUUUUUGCUAAACAGAAAAAUAUUACCGUAUUAUUUUAUCUAUAAAUAUAGAAUACUGUAAAAACAAUCAAUAUAUAACAGUAUAACUAAUAAUAAAUAUUCGAAGUUUGGUUCACGUACAAAUUGAGCAUGGAGCAAGAAGUUAAAAAUCUGUAAUGUGCAGUGGACAGAGUCUGAGAACUAGCAGGACGUGUUGCUAAAUGGUCUGGGUUUUUAAAAGAUGAUCAAGAAUUUUUUUUUUUCUUUCUGAGGAUUUGAUGCUUAACUCUAUGACUCAAAUGUAAUGGUAAUACAUUACUGGGCACCAAAUGGGGCUAUUGCUAUUGUAGGAAUCACUGACACUCUUACAAUCACUUCUACAUGGGUACAAUCAACCCACCAAUUAAGUGAAAUUAAACAGUUACCCAUAAUUAAUAUCAGUGUAAACAUUCAGUAGGUUUGUACAAGUUUGUUUGGCGUUUCCUCUCCAGAAAUGAACCUUUUACACAUUUCCUUCUCAAGACUAAAUGUUUAUUUUUACUUAA